AUGAAGGAAUCAUCUGAUCAUCAAGGCAAUGGCGAUCUGACGUCAUUUUCAUCGAUUCCCCCAAGCCAGCGGAUGAUUUCUGCUUGUGCUGGAGCCUUUUUUGCAUCGUUAUUAAAUAAAAUUGUCUUUUUUCGAAAUGGAGUCCUAAGUCAAGUUUGCCCAAUAUGUCCCGCUGGUCCCAGUCAUUGCGAACAUCAAGUCAACAUUACCAGCCGAGCUACGGCUAUGGAAACUGCGUUCAAUAUUGCAAAAAGUGAAGGAACAUUUGGUUUAUGGAGAGGAUUAUCGCCAACUGUAAUGAUGGUGGUGCCUGCUACUGUCAUCUACUAUACUGGCUAUGAUUUCUUAAAGGAUAGGCUAUCUUUUCGUCUUGGUUCCUAUAAAGAUGUACUUGCACCAAUGAUUGCUGGAGUAACAGCGCGUAAAAUGGCUAGCAUUGUGAAAAAUGCCGUCAAACAAAGUGGGGCAUCGUCUCUUUGGCGAGGACUAGGGCCCACACUUCUGCGCGAUGUACCUUUUUCUGCAUGUUAUUGGGCUGGCUAUGAAUACUUUAAGCGUAAACUUUCACGGUCUGUGGGUGAGAAAAAUCGAAACAUCGCUACGUUUGCAGCCGGUGCUAUUUCCGGAUCGAUUGUUGCUACUGCCACGACUCCCUUUGAUGUCGUCAAGACUCGUUUACAGGUUGACAUGGGAGAAAAUUUUGCAGAAAAGCAAAAAAUUCCGUCCACUUGGAGUGUUAUCAGAGAUAUCUGGAAAUUACAUGGAUGGAACGGUUUAUUUGCAGGUGCAUUAAUGGAAAGAUUGACAAGUGUAACUGCUCGUGUCGCCAAGAUUACGCCCGCAUGUGCUAUCAUGAUAGCUGUUCCAUACGUGCUAUGUAAUGGCUUAAUGGAUCACAAAUGCACUAUGUGCCCAGAAACGAUGAUGAAGAAUUGCAGGACUACAAUGUGGGGUACUUUCGUCAAUAUAAUGAAAAAUGAAGGACCAUCAGCAUUAUAUCGAGGAUUACCGCCGACAUUGAUUAUGGCAAUUCCAUCGACAAUGAUAUUUUUUACUGCGUAUGACAUUUUGAAAGAGAAGUUGACUCCGCAUCUUGGCAAACGACAGGAUGUAUUAGCUCCAAUGCUUUCGGCGAUGCUUGCUAGAGUUACGGUUGUUACGGCAAUUUCCCCUAUGGAACUUGUCAGAACAAAGAUGCAAGCUAGUAAGACAGCCGGAUAUGGAGAAUUGGUUCGUAUUGUUUAUCAGGAAGCAAGAAUAAGUGGUGUAUCGACAUUGUGGCGUGGCCUGGGGACAACCCUUAUGCGUGAUCUUCCCUUUUCUGCAUUUUACUGGGCUGGGUACGAAAACUUCAAGAAAAGAUUUAAUACUUUAACAAAUGGAAAGUAUCCUAACAUAAGUAAUUUUUCCGCAGGUGCUACAUCCGGCAUGAUAGUAGCCGCAGCAACUACCCCUUUCGAUGUAGUAAAGACUCAUUUGCAAGUAGAUAUGGGUGAAACAAAUAGUAAAAACGGAAGCCAAAAAGUACCUUCUAUGUUUGCUAUUAUGAACAAUAUUCGACAGCAAUAUGGUGUUAGAGGACUAUAUACCGGAGUUGCUGCUAGGGUUAUUAAAGUUGCACCAGCAAGUGCAAUUAUGAUUAGCACCUAUGAAUUCUGUAAAGAUUAUUUCGCUAACAAAAAUCGUUUGACCUAA